UGGCAACCCACGAGGCAGGACCGGAGCGUCAGUGGAGUUUGGCAGCUGCGGCCUAGGCGGUGUCCGGAGCCUCUUCUCGGCCGGAGCAUUGGCCAUGACCCCGCCCUGGGUCCCCGCCGCCGGAUUCACCCUCCUCCCCAGCCUUGGGUUGUUCACCAUGUCCCGGAACAAGAGGAGAGAGGUGACCACGUGGUACGCAACGCUGACCAAGCCCACAUGGACCCCGCCCGACUGGAUGUUCGGCCCAGUGUGGGGGACCUUGUACACUGCCAUGGGCUACGGCUCCUACUUGGUCUGGCGGGAGCUGGGAGGCUUCACAGAGAAGGCGCUGCUGCCCCUUGGACUCUACGCUGGCCAGCUGGCCCUCAACUGGGCCUGGUCGCCUAUCUUCUUUGGAGCCCGUCAAAUGGGCUGGGCCCUGGUGGACAUCCUGGCUGUGGGAGGCCUGGCCGUGGCUACCACCGUGUCCUGGCGGCAGGUCAGCCGGCCUGCCGCAUGGUUGUUGUACCCGUACCUGGCUUGGCUGGCCCUGGCCACGACCCUCAACUACCACAUCUGGAGGGACAACCCAGCUGACCGGCGUCAGAGGGGCGAGUGAACUGGGCCGGGCCAAGCGGUGGCCGAAGGCCUCGUGGAGCUGACAUCAGAGUGGGAGGGGCUGGGCUUGCCUUGCCCCAGCUUAGACUCAGUCAGCCCUAAGUACUUCUCUACAUAACUUGGGCAGGGACAGAUGGAAGUUGGGAUGGGAGUGAAGGGGGGUGGGAGGAGUGUGGAGUGUUGUCACUGCCCACUGUGCCUGACACGCUGGCUUUAGUUGGGCUAAUGGAGGGGUCCGAUCCCUGACCUCCCAGAUAGGGAGUGAGGGAAGAGGAGAGGCCCAUCCAGUGAAUGGAGAAGGGCAGUGGUGUGUGGGGGGGGGGACAUUGG